AGUGAACUUCGCUCGGUAACAAUUUUCCAUGUGAAAUGCAAGUUCAUUAUACGGCUCGGUAAUAGAAUUUCAAGCCCUCCGUCUACACUUAUAAAAUACGAAGGUAAAUGUCAAGCUAAUACAUCAGCUGACAUCUGUUGAAAAGUUCGUCAGAGGUUGGAACAAGAAGAUACCAACCAGUUAUCAGUAUUCAUGGAGCACUAUAGAGAACCUAUGGAAGGAGUCAUGGAAAUGGAGGUGCUGCCACAGAUGGAUGGAACAUGUGAUGCAUGUGAGCCUGAUGAGCCUCUACUGGCCACACAGGUGUGCCACACCUGCAGCUUUGCUUUCUGUUGUUUGCAUGCUGAUAGACAUGCCUCCAGUACGCAUCACCUGCUCACGCCCUUUAACCACGAGGGGACAUACGCUAAAGGAAAUAACUCAAACAUAAACUCUGGAAUUGGGGCUGAGGAAGAUUCUUUGAAGCGGUUGCCAAAUGAACAGAAUGUAUCUCUGAGGCAAGCAGCGAUUGAAGAUGAGAAUGGUGAGGAUAUGAAUGGCCAUGAAUCCAAAAAUCACCUGCUGCCGCAGGGUGCUGAGUUGGGAGCAAAGUGUUUGCAAGAUGGGCAGAAGGACAUGGCUGUUAAAGAGGAUGUGAAAAGGGACACUGUGACAGUAGAAAGACUACGAUGCAAGGAGCACGGACAGGACGGAACCCUCUACUGUAAACAGGAUGAAAAGAUUAUCUGUGUUGUGUGUGCUGUGCAGGGUGAGCACCAGGGACACGAGAUUAUUACCCUGCAUGAUGCUUACAAAUGGCAGAAGAAUAGACAGGGUCGUGACCUGCUUGACUGCACACAAAAGAUGGAAGAACAGCUCUCAAACAAAUGGACAAAUCCAGAGAUGUCUGCACUGGAAUUGGAGGCAUUUGUGAGCAGUCAGUUUGAAAUGCUUCACAGAUUGGUAAAUCUGGAAGAACAGAAGACCCUUCACCUCCUGGAUCUCAAAGAGGCAUCGCUGACAGCAUCUGCAGCAGAGAAGAUUGCGGAGAUCAAUGUCCAAACCGAGCGUCUGCAGGAAGAAGUGGCCAAUAUUACGCAUCAGCUUUACUUGUUGGACAGGGCAACAAUUGCUCCGGUGCUGGCAGUAGAGACCCUCGCAGACGCAUCGGGAGCAGGUCAUAGUUUAACGCAUGACUUUGAGUCCAGACGAAGACUACCAGUGCCAAGGGCAGACCCGGUGGACAGGCGGGACUUUGAAGACACAGAUUCUGGACCUUCCAUGGACCACGCCCCAUAAUCGUAGCUUUUCUGUUCAUUAGUUUGUGCUGUCUCCCUCCUUCUAAAAUGACGGUGAAGUGACCUUGAAGGCAGUUAUGACCGCUCAAGGGGGUCAUAACAUCUUUUCCCCUACUCAAUAAUUUUUAAUUUUUCUUAAUCAUUAACUUAGCAUAAUGGAAACACUGCAGUUCUUUACAGUCGAUUUCAAUCUGGCCCAAUUUCCACUGGCAGUGGGAGCCAGGACUUGCGAAUGUGCCUGCGGUCUUGAAGAAGAAGAAUGGAUAUGUUAAGCUCAGGAAAUGUCAGAAAUUGGACAUUUCUUCAAUAACGGGAUUUUUACAGUGGUGGAUGAAGUACUUUUUUUACUGAAGUAACAGUACAGAUACAGAGGCAAACAAUAUUUAAGAGUACAAGUAUCUGAGAAAAAAAUGUAGUCAAGUAAAAGAACAAAAGUGCUUGCUUCAAAUUUUGCUUUACAAGUAAUCUCCAGAUGCAAAAAUGUGAUAUAUAUAUUAGUGUUGUCAGGUAACGCGUUAAUAACAGCGUUAACGCAAAAUCUCUUUGACGCCGUGAAUUUUUUUAACCCGCAAUUAAUUAUUGCACUGCCCACCCCCCAUAGUUUGGACGUCAAAACAAUGCACGUGCCCCAUUGGCUGUCAGAGAGAAAUACUGGUUCUCAGACUAAACUUAAAUUUGUAUUUUAAAAUGGGGCACGUUGAAGCAGCAUGAAGAGUGUUAACCUGCUAUGGUCGUUUUCGAGCAUGUUUGGACGUAAACACAGCGAUGAACCUUCCGACGUCGUGCACAGCUCUCGGGCCGCCUGAGAUGCUCUAAAUGCGGGGAAAACGGAAUAUCGGGGUGGAUUGCCUGUGUCAGGUGCAACGUAAUUUUGGGCUUUGUAGCCCAAAAUGUGGCACUCUGAGGUGGAGUGCAACAUUUAUUGUCAUUUAUUGAGCUGCAAUGCACAGAUAAUUUGUGAAUGAACGAGUUGAAUGAAAGAACAUGGAUAUUUUUGAGCACCACAAGAACUUCCUGCACUGAGGCUCCGGGCGGUUCGACUCCUCUUGUGUCUGUCUGAAGCUCACCAUUUUCGAGCACGAGAACGCAGAGGAUUGGAGUGAAAUCCACAGUCUCAGGCAAAACGUAACUUUGGUGUUGUGGCUUUCUGAGGUGGAUUGACUGGUCCAAAUCCUCCUUAAAGUCGCAGUUGAAAUAUAGAAAUGGUUUGGAAGACUAAAUAAACUCACCAAAACACUUAUAUCAUUUUUCAACUUUGUAUGGAAUUUUAUUUUGGGGAAAAAGUUGAAUUCAACUUUACAAAUGGAAAGUUGCUCAACUAUUGUUUCUAAUGAGGCUUAAACUUGCAUUAUUUGAGGUAAGCACAUCAGUCAACUCCUGUGCUAAUAGGUGUACAUUUAAAACUUCAAAUUUAUAAUCAUUUUUGCUUUUAAAAAAAAUGGAAACAAUGAAAACAAAAUGUGAUUAAUCUCAAGUUAACUAUGCGAUUGAGAUCAUUUGAUGGCAUUAAUAUUAAGAUUUGAUAAAAUAAUGGGAUAGAAAUCAAGAUUUUUUUUUUUUUUUACAAAAAAACAAAGUGAGUUAACUGAGGUUACUAUGCAAAAAUGUAAAGAAAAGUUCUAAUCGCUUGACAGCACUAAUAUAUAUACACACACACAAAGAUCGGAGCCAAUAUUCAAAGAAAGAACCAGAAAAUUCAUUGAACUCUCAAUUUUAUUUUAAACUCUGCAGAUGGCAAUUAACAAGCCAUAAAAUUGACUUCACUAUAAACAGAAGCUUAACAAGCUCCAAAAACUCCAAAACUAAACAAAAUAAUAUCUGGCAAAAAUGAUUCAUGAAAAGCUUAAUGGCGGAUUGCAAGCAACUAUCAGGUUCAUAACCCCACCGACUGUACAAGAGUGUGCAGCACUCAUCUGAAGGCUCUCACUGUUGGUUUUUAUUCAUUAUUAUUCAUUAUCUUGUUCACCUGCCUUAUCUUGCUUAUACUUGUAUUGCUAUCUCUUGUCCUCACUUACAGUAAAGUUGCACGGGACUUUUCGAUUGCGCCAGAGGCAUGAAAACGAAACUAUCAAUUCACAAUGAGAGAGGGAGAAAAAGUAACGUGAAAAGUAGUUGAGUAAAAAGUACAGAUACGUGCUAUAAAAUGUAGUAAGUAAAAGUGAAAAGUACCACUUCAUAUUUGUACUCAAUUAAAGUAUAGAUAUACAAAAAAUUUACUCAAGUACAGUAACAAAGUAUUUUACUUCUUUACAUUCCAUCACUGGAUUUUUACUUUCAGUUCUUUCACUUUUAUGACGUAUUUGCUUUUGACAAAAAGGACAUUUAACUUAUUUUUUAUACACACUCUGCUUCUUGUCAUCUUGGUGCCUUAGUUUUAUUCCCAUAUAAGCCUUUACAGAAAUGGUCAUUUGCCACGUUUACAUGGAGCCAAAUAUUCCAAUUACAAUCGGAAUAUUUGUUCAAACCGAAUAAAUGUGUUCCAUAUAAACACCUCAUUCGGAAUGAACAGGCCCAAACCGAAUGGAUUUUCAUUCCGAUUCACAGGGGUGGAAUAUUCCUUUUCCCAAACCGAUUAGAAGUAAAAUUAUAUCAUGUAAACAGGGAAGCGGAAUGGUGUCUGGUUGCGUUCUUUCUGCGCAUGCUCCGUACUGACGUGGUGACGUCACUUGGUGACGUAAGUAACGUCACUUGCAACAUGGCUUCCAAGCACACGCACAGCGCACCCACACAACUUUUUAAAUGAACGGCGUAUCAUUCUGAAGUUUUGUUUCCACUCGAAAAGUUAAAACAGCAGCUGAUCUGACGAUCGAGCUCCAUGUUUUGCAACGUGACGCUUUGUUUUGAUUAAUCUGCGCAUGUCAGACGGCAGUUGUCAAACGUCCUUUCGGAAUAAAGGCAGUCACAUGUAAACGCUGGAUCGGAAUAGAUGAAGUGACAUGUAAACAGCUGAUGUGAAAUUUCCAUUCGGAAUGAUUUGAAUCGGUAUGAAUAAAAGUCAGCAUGUAAACGUGGCUAAUGACACAUUUGCCACGUUUACAUGGAGCCAAAUAUUCCAAUUACAAUCGGAAUAUUUGUUCAAACCGAAUAAAUGUGUUCCAUAUAAACACCUCAUUCGGAAUGAACAGGCCCAAACCGAAUGGAAUUUCAUUCCGAUUCACAGGGGUGGAAUAUUCCUUUUCCCAAACCGAUUAGAAGUAAAAUUAUAUCAUGUAAACAGGGAAGCGGAAUGGUGUCUGGUUGCGUUCUUUCUGCACAUGCUCCGUACUGACGUUGUGACGUCACUUUGUGACGUAAGUAACGUCACUUGCAACAUGGCUUCCAAGCACAGUGCACCUAAUUGGAGUCCGGCGGAAAGAUUGUAUUUAAUUCAAACUUUAAAAGAAUUGAAUAUAAUUGCUCGCUUAGACGGGCAUAAAACGAGGAACAGUGAACUAUUUAAAAAAGUUCACGAGAGGUUACACGAAGCUGGAAUAGACCGGAGCGUUGACCAGAUUAGAAACCGGUGGAAAACCGGCUACUACAAGGCAAAAGAGCAAAACAGCAGAAGCGGAUACGACCCCACAAACACAACAAGUGGGUUAAAGUUAAAACAGCAGCACUCCGACGAUCGAGCUCCAUGUUUUGCAACGUGACGCUUUGUUUUGAUUAAUCUGCGCAUGUCAGACGGCAGUUGUCAAACGUCCUUUCGGAAUAAAGGCAGUCACAUGUAAACGCUGGAUCGGAAUAGAUGAAGUGACAUGUAAACAGCUGAUAUGAAAUUUCCAUUCGGAAUGAUUUGAAUCGGUAUGAAUAAAAGUCAGCAUGUAAACGUGGCUAUUGAUUACUGUAUACGCGAAAGCUUGUAGGAUAAUCGACCUGAGCAUUUUGAGACCUAUUGAUUGAAGGGAUGUUUAUAAGUUUGUUUAUUGUGAAAAUGAAUUGUAAUUUAAAUUUUUGGGAAAACCAGCUUUACAUAGAAUCAGUUUACAUCGACACACAGUCUGUAACCAACUACCAUCUUGUAAAAAGUACGCAUGCACUUUUCACCUUGUCCCACUCAAGGAUGGUUUUUAUCCACAAUGUGAUUUUUUUUUUUUUUUUUUUUUUUUUUUAAUAAUCAUACGCUCUAUUGUGAAAGACAGUCAUAUGUGGGUCAUGUGACAACAUAACUCACUGGGCUCUGCACAGCAACGCUCUUAUCAAAAAUUGAUGGGAGCUUGAUUCACCAUGCCAUCAUCUUUGUCUAUUUUUGUGUCACAUCUAUAAUUAAACGUUUUUAGAUGCGAUGUGUUGGGUGGAAUCUGUAUUUUCUUUUUAGGAAUGUCUUUGUUAAUCAAAAAAGCAAUAAAGAUCGAAA